ACUAUCAAGCAUUUAUUUAAGGUCAGGGCCCAUAGCAAUAUGGCAGGUUAGAUUAUGCACUCUUUGUUUUACUGCAGUCUUAAAAAAUGUGAAUGUCUUUUCUCUUCAGAUAUAAAUGAUUAAUUGUGCUUUUAUAAUUCUUAUGUAUAAUCUGAGACCUUAUAACAUAUGUCAGUGUACUUACAUAAGUGGAUAAGUAGCUUAACCACUAGGAUUCUUCAGCUAUUGCAGGUAACAGGAUCAUAACAAUGAACAGCACCGUUCCAGUGGAUCAGUUUUAUGACAUGCUUAUCAAGAACUUCAUCAGUGUCGUCCUCGGCCUAAUCAUCAACUAUAUCAAUGGAACAUUUGUGAUUGUCUUCUUCAAAGAUAUCAUGUUCUUCAGUGACCCAAGAUACAUUUUAUACAUCCAUUUGGUAAUCAAUGACAUGAUUAUGCUGUCAGUUUCUGUGGGCUUACAAGUUGCAACAUAUGUUUUGCGUAUCUUCAAUGCCUCUGUUUGUUGUGUUGUGCUACUUUUUCUUAGUACAGUCACCAAGAACUCUCCACUAAAUCUGGCCUGCAUGGCCAUAGAGCGUUACAUUGCCAUUUGCAAGCCACUACAUCACUCGCAAAUAUGUACAGUUCGGAGGACCCACAUGCUCAUCUGUUUCAUAUGGACUGUAGCAGCAGCGCCAGCUCUGAGUGAUGUAUUCAUCACGUUAUCAAAUCGACCAGCAAGCUUUUUCUCGACUGCCAUUUUAUGCCACAUGUUGUACAUUUACAACACUUGGCAACACACAGUCAAAGAUACUGUGGUGAAUGUUGUGUAUUUGUCGUUUGUAUGGAUUACGUUGAUCGUCACCUACUUUAAGGUUUUUUCCGCAGCGAAUGCUGCAAGUGCAGAUCAAGUGUCUGCUAAAAAGGCCCGAAACACGAUACUGCUGCACGGAGUUCAGCUCCUGCUGUGUAUGAUGUCCUAUAUCACCCCAUUCAUGAGUACAGCACUUGUAGAUCUAUUUCCUCAGAGUCGAACAAAUAUUCUGUUCAUUCUGUUUUUGUUGUCAAAUGUUCUACCGAGGUUACUAAGCCCGCUGAUCUACGGGUUAAGAGAUAAACAAUUUGUUGAGCGUGUCAAAGUGUAUUUUUGUUGCAAACAAGUAAGAAGGACACAGAUUAUGCCAGUAAAGUAAACUAGGAAAAGAACAUAUUUAAUAUUUAUAUUUGAUAUUUGGUCAUAUUAUAUAAGUGAUAUUUGAUAAGUGAUUUUUUUUUACUCAUGUGAAAAAAAAUAAAGGAUAUAUAAUAUAGAUCUGAAAUACUUUGUUUAGACUAUAUAACCCAUAAAUUCUCUGAAGUUUCUUCAGGAUUUUGUUGAAAUGUGUGCAAAAUCACUCAUUCAAAUGUCAACAAUGGCUUUUAUUAGCACAUGUACUGUAUAGAAAAUAAACUUAACAAAUUCAAAGCCUAA